AUGAAGCUGACGACUGACGUAAUUAACGGGUCUGUUUCUCGUUUGAACUCGCUUAAUCAAAGAGAAUUAGUGCUGCGAGAUCUCCAACUGCCUGCCAUUGAAAACUUGGGCGUGACCAAGGAUUUGAAUGACACGAUCGAUUUCAGCAACAAUGAUCUGCGAGUUUUGGGCAAUUUCCCGCGCAUGGUGCGAUUGCAGCAUCUAUUAUUAGCCAACAACCGCAUCAACAAGAUCGAGUUAAACCUCGCUGAAUAUGUACCCAACUUGACGACCGCCAUAAUGACAAACAACUCGAUCCAUGAACUGGGCGAUCUGGAACCACUAGCAAAGUGUAAACGACUGACGUUUUUGAGUCUGUUGGAUAACCCUGUUACAAAGAAACAAUAUUAUCGUGCGUAUUUGAUCCACAAGCUUCCUCGACUUCGUGUAUUGGAUUUCAAAAAGGUCAAACAAAGAGAACGUGAAGAGGCAGCUGCCUUAUUCAUGGAAGACGGCGUAGAAAACUCUUUGGGUCAAUCAAUUACAGAUACCAAGAGCAGCAAUACCUUUGAAGUGGGUGAAGGAUUAAGCACAGCUCAAAAGCAAAAGGUCCUUUCUAAAGAAGAACAAUUGAAGAUCAAGGAGGCAUUGAAGCAAGCGACAUCGCUUGACGAGAUCUCUAGGUUAGAACAACUACUCAAGGCCGGCCAAAUGCCAAAGGGAAAUUAG